UGCCUGCAGACCCGGCGCGGCGCGGACGGGUGAUGGGUGGUGGAUGGGUGAUGCCGAACAAAACAAAGCCUUUGUUGUUGUUUUGUGGACGUUGUCAUCGGCUGGACGCAGUCUAUACGAUGCGAUGAAUUGGUCUUGGAAGACAAACUUGUUGUGCAGGAGUUCCCACCAUUGCUUAUUCUGUUGUUGCUAACCGCCGUUCAUCAGACUUUCGGUCAUGCAAACUCGGCAAACCGGGAUGGUGCUGUAAAAGAAAAGUCAAAAGAUUCAUAUGAAUGGGAAGACCCAUUAAUAUUUUAGUUUCACUCAAGUCUUCAAUCAAGAAAAACUACUUUGUGCAUUACCUUUCUAGAAUGAAGUCUAGGGAAUGGUUCUUUGAGCAUGAUCCAAUCCAUAUGAUGCUAUUAUUUCAUGAUGGUCAUCUAAAUGGGGUGCAAGAAUUGUAAUUGGUCUCUCAAAUCCAUGGAUUUUCACUCAUCAUUUAUUUUGUAGCUCAAAAUUUUGUUCAAAAAUUUGGUUUGGUUCAUAAUGGAUAAGCUUUAUUCACAUUAUGAACUGAAACAUGAAGGUAGCUUUUGUGAAGUUGUGGCUCCUGAAAGAAAAUUUAGGAGUGGAGAUUCGAUGCAGAUAGAUGGACCAAAAGGGCAUGAGAAAGAAGAAAGUAUGAUGAGCAUUGAACCACCUACAGAAUCACACAGAAAAAGUGUAAUAUGUUCUAUUGAACAAGUAGAAGAAAAAGAAAUAAGUGGUGAAGAAGAUUCUUCGGGGGGAAGUUCAUUGUUUCUAGAUGAAGAUUCUGAUGAUGUUGAUGACACUGCCCAGCCACUAACAGAGGAGCAGUCUGAAUGGGAGCUGUCUGCAAACCCCUCUGAAAUUGAAUGUGUGGUUACUGAUACAAGUGGAGAUGAUGAUAGUGAUUUUGAAGAAGUUGAUUCUGUGGAUAAAAAAUUGAAUGUUUUACACAGGAGAGAUAAAGAAAAGCAACUUUCAUGUGGUCUCUGUCAUUAUCAAGCUUUAGAACCGGAAGGAAGGAAUGGGCUCCUAAAACACUUGCAAACUUCUCACAAGUUUUUAGUCCGGGGAUUGGCAGAGGCCAGUGCUGUCCCACAGCAGGAGUGUGACUUUAGCUUAGAUGAUUUUCACGGUAAAGAAUUGAAAACAAAGAGAAAAGUGUUCACUUGUUUUAAAAACAGAGGUGGUUGUGGUGCCGCAUUUUACUCAAAACAAGGUUUAAUAGCUCACCAUAUUCAGGCCAAAUCAGAAGGCAGCACAUGCUGGCAUUCUGCCAAUCUGGAUGAUAGAGGACGCUCUCAUUUUUCGUGUACCAUCUGUACUUUCCAUUGUAUGUCAAGGAGAGGUAUACUAAAACAUAUGGAAACUAUUCAUAACAAACAUAGAGAUGAUUCAGCUUUAGAUGCAUUUGCUCUGGGUUGUCGUAUUUGUGACUCACAAUUUUGGACUGCAUCAGAACGUAGCCAGCACGAAGUGUCUGAACAUUCAGAUGAUGCUACACACCUGAUGUUGAAGUGCUACUUAUGUCAUGAGCAGUUCACAAGUAAAGUAUGUCUAAAAAAACACAUGAGGCAUUAUCAUACUGAUGGCAAUCAAUUCUUAGGCAACAUUGGUUUUCGUUGCCGCUUAUGUCAUUUUCUGUUUCCUUCAUUUGUUCUUGUUCAAGAGCACUUUCGGAAAUCUCAUGUAUCCCUUCUUGUGUUUCGCUGUCAGAAAUGUAACCUUAUACUGAAGUCAAGGAAGACAUACUUUGUUCAUUUAAAGAAUACUCAAUGUGGCUCAGUUCCUCAACAUUGUACAUUGUGCAGAAAGGUUUUAUGGAGUAAGAGAGCACUUUCUAUCCAUUACCGCAUGAAACAUUUCAACUCUACACGUGUGGGAUUCUUAUGCCGGAUAUGUAAACAGAAAUUUGACUCAAAGUCUGAAAGAGCGCAACAUUAUGCUGAAGAUCACAAAGGUGAUAGCCCAUUCAGUUGCCCUAUCUGCCAGAAAGGUUUUGCCUCGAAGUCAGGGAUGUAUGGACACAAACAAACUCAUGAGAAAAUGAGCUUGUCCAAAUGCGAAUUUUGUGGGAAGGAGUUCAGUAGAAGAGACAGCUACAACGAACAUUUAUUGAUACAUAAUGGACCUAGACACAAAUGCCCUCACUGUGACAAAGAAUUUGUCCAACGGUCCAAUCUCGUGAGGCAUAUCCGAAUCCACACAGGGGAGAAGCCUUUUAAGUGUUCUUUCUGUGAAAAGACCUUUAGUGACAAAGGUGCCUGUAAUUCACAUAUCCGAGUCCAUACUCGUGAAGAAGCAUGUGGUUGCCCUUAUUGCGGUCAAAUAUUCUCUAAGAAACAGAAACUGAAGUAUCACAUUCGUAAGCACACAGGUGAGGGUCUUGUAAGCUGCGAGUUUUGUGGAAAGACCUUUACAAAUAGUCAUUCUCUGAAGGAGCAUAGAAUGAUUCAUGACCAUCGCACCCAAAUCUUGUGCACACAGUGUGGAAAGGCUUUUUCAACUGCCAAAUAUCUUCAAAGGCAUGUUGCCAUGGUUCAUGAAGCCAUCUUAGUUUAUAAAUGUCCCCUGUGUUCAAGAGGAUUUAGCCAGCCAUCGCGCUUGAAGGCCCAUGUUAUGACUCAUUCUGGAAUUAAGCACUUACGAUGUUUGCUUUGCUCCAAGGCAUAUUCCAGUCACAAAUCACUGCGUCACCAUUUACUGAACAUCCAUAGUGUGACAAAUGAACACCCAGACUACAAGCAAUGUUUCUAUGCCAUGACUCCUGAAGAAGCUGGACUCAACAUCCCUGAGGGGCAAUCGGUACUCAAGCAGCCCUUCUUAAGACCUAAAACGGAACCGCUAUCUGACAAUAGUGACCUGAACUCGGAGGAAAAUGAUUCCUCAAGUGAUGAUGAUGAAGACAAUCCCAUUGUCAGUAGGCCCUCCAAACUGACACAGCAGAAUCUCUCACACACAUCUGUUCUACAUUCCUCAUCAUUUCCAUCUAUACGGACAAAAGCUGCAAGGAAACAGUUGCCUUUUAGUGUGGUCAUUUCUGAGAAGAUUGGAAACAAAUUAUCUAGUGGUGCGAGCUCCUCUCUCAAAUCUGGGAGGGAAAGGACUUUAAGGGCUACCAAAGCCAAUUCAAGUAAAAGAAAUCAUGUUGGUAAAACCAUGGAAAAACAUGGACCCUCUCAAGGAAAAUUUGUGAGUGUUGAUGAAUCUUCAGAUACUUCUCAAGAUUCUAAUGUAGCAUGUCAGUCUAACUCUAGCAUCAAACUAUCAGCCAAACUUAAAACAAGUAAAUUUAACUGUGGGAAAAAGAAACACAGAAAACAAAAUCUGCAUCCCUCAAAUGAAUUUACUCGGAAGUCUGAAAGUUUAGCAGAUGGUUCACGGAAUCUUGAACCAGCCUCAUUAAAUUACAAAAGAAAGGAACCAAACCAUGCAAAGAAAAAUUAUGAUGAGGAGCUGCAGCCUUUUCAGGACUCUUGAAAGGUAACUCAUGAGACCAGAGCUCUGGUCUCAUGGAUAACUUCAGUCCAAUACGAUGUACCCAAGCUGAUGCAGUCCUCCUCUUCAAUUUACCAAAUCAGGUUUGCUUUCGAGCUCAUUAUUUUCUUAAUCAUUUGGAUGCAUAGUUUAAGUUACAAUUAGUUUGUUUUUCAUAUUAUUACAGUUUACAGUACAAGACAUUGUGAUACUUAAAGCAAUAAAAUACUUUUCCAAGAA